UGUGGAUUGUUGUUUAGGCUGGUUGUGCGCGGGUGAUGGCUGCCGGGUUCCCGCGUCGGAUGACAAGAGUAACUUGAGCUGCAGGCACCCUGGCUGCCUCCUCCACACUGCACCACCGCGUCCUGCCUCUCACACCUCGCCAUGAACGAACGACAGCAGAAGAGGAGUCUGUCCAAGCAUAAAGGAAAAGAGAGGCGGGCAGCCCUGAAGGCGGAGAGGGCAAGGCUUGCUGCUGCUCAGCUUCUCGUUAACCAAGCUAAUUCUAUACCGGAUCCACUAUCGAAAUUCCCAAUUUUUCACAAGUAUGAACGUAAUGGACUGAGUUGCCAGCUAAUAUGUAAGAGAGUCAAAGAUGUGGACCCAGACAUGUUGGAGUGGGCAAUUGAUUUAUGUAAAAGAAACAUGCAACCAAUGUAUGAGAGAAGCACCCAAGGAUGGCAUGAGAGUGAGAAGAGAGAGGAAAUGACUGAAGAUGCUGCUUGGUACCUCAUUGCUGUUGACACUGUGGCAGGGAAACCCAUGGCCUUUUCUCACUUCCGGUUUGAUAUGGACUAUGGAGAUGAAGUUUUAUAUUGUUAUGAACUGCAACUAGAGAUGGAAUGUCGCAACAAGGGUCUGGGAAAGUUCAUGAUGCAGGUCCUGGAGCUGAUGGCCUUUUCUAAUCAAAUGCAUAAGGUAGUGCUGACGGUAUUCAAACACAACCCUGAUGGCAUGGCUUUCUUCACUAAAUGCAGAUACGAGAUUGAUGAGACCUCACCUGAAGACUCCUACGAAGAAUCUUUUGACUACCAUAUCCUCAGCAAGUUAAAUAAGAUGAAACCCACACAAAAGACUUCCCUUUGAUUGUAAAUGAACAUAUUUUACGAGUUCAUUUAUGAAGCCCCUUGGAACUGCCUUUUGAAGAUGAUUUACUUUAGAGUUGCAGAUGUAGUCAUGGUUGUAAGCUUUAGAUUACCAGUUUACCUCUUUCAUCCUUUGAUUUAGUCGUCUUUGCUGUUCUGUCAGAUUUUGUUGCCAAAGCAUUCCAGGUUUGAAUGAAUUAUUUUUAAUGGUUGUGUACAAAAAUUUAAUUUUAGAACAGUUUUUAAGGUAAUAUUUGAUUACCUUUAGGUCACUCCUAAGCGUGUAAUUAAAAAUCACAUGGCGAACAUGCAAUAACCCUGUGAAACUUUUUUUUUUUUAUAUAUAAUUUGGCGAGUACUAAGGUUUUUUAUUACAAAUUUAAUAUGAAGAUUGCUAGAAGUAUUUGAAGAAUUUAAAAAAAAAGCUGAAUAUAUUUAAUAAGUAA